AUGGAGACACGCAGGGAGGGUGCACCGUUGUCGGACACGUCACAUACACCACCGACCGAACCCCCAAAACGAGUCCGCCGAUGGCAUCACCGAGGAUUUACAGGCUGUUCCACCUGUCGCCGCCGCCAUGUUCGUUGCGACGAGGCAUCUCCGGCCUGUAAUAACUGUGUCCGUCUUGGACACGAGUGCGAUGGCGCUCAAGGGCGGAUGACGUUCAAGGUCUACGGGCCCUCUCAGACACCGACGGAUCCACCGCCAGAGUCAUCCAGGGCACCGAAGACGCAGAACAACGAUUCGACCUCCAGCCCAGAGUCAAGCGACGCUCCUGCAGUCUCCCCCUUAGAGGAGAGGGAAGAUGUUGGCAAUGCGGUCUGCAAGGCUAUGGUCGCCCCCACAACGCUGCCACACCCAACGAAGUUCCGCUUCCAGCAUCCUGUUACCUCGAUCAGUAUCGCGAAAUCGAUCCAGCGCAUUGAAGAGCGUUAUCUCACUUAUUUUGCGGAUCAGGUAUCAACAUUCUUGAUCAUCUACAACACCCCUCACAAUGCCAAUCCCUACCGCACACAUUUCCCGGAUUUCGCGCGGUCGUCUCCAACCAUGGCCAAUGCGAUGCAGGCAUUAGGCGCAUUACAUCUUGCGAACACAUCGGUGGGAUCGCAGCGGAAUAGGCAUUUCCAGCAGGCAAUGGGCAAAUACGGCGUGGUAGUGAAGGGUUUUCGUGCACGAUACUCAGACCCCAGCCAGCAGCUUGGAUUAACGGAUUUCGCGACGUGCCUAUUACUUUCCCUAUUCGAGAUGAUGGACUCCCAACACAACAACUGGGCAGUACAUCUCAAAGGAGCUCGCGAAAUCUACAACCUCCUCUUCUAUCCGCAACCCGGCGACUCGGCACGUGAAGUACAACGCGUCGCCGAGACGAACCACCCCCUCCGCCCAUUCCUCGUCUCCCUACUCUCAUAUCUCGAUGUGGCAGGUUCAUGCGCGACUCCCGGCGGGACUGUGGUCGAGGGUAAUUACUGGAAUACCAUGGGUGGAGGGUGGGAAUACAAUCUCGGGACGCCAAGUCUAUUGUCAACGAUCCCGGACAACCCACGCCUGGUUGAGCUGCGGCAGGCAUGGUCCAGCCUAAUGGAGGUGCAAGCAGCUAUCAGUACAUUUGCAUCGGACAAGAAAACGUGGAUGACAACCGACCAGUCGGAUGCGAAGUAUAAAGACAUCUUCAACCAGCUGGUUGUAUGGCGUGUUACGACCCCUCCCUGCCUACAGCUGCCCGCCGAGCUGGAUGAUGAGAGCCUUUCUCUGUAUCCGUAUCCUGACGUUCUUGAGUAUGCGGGUUGCAUUGAAGCAUACGAGAAGGCGACAUUCGUUCAUCUACUUCAGAUCGCUGGAGCUGGGCGUGUCGGUUGGAUCACUGAGUGGACGUAUAUGGACAUGCUUGUUAGUCGGAUUCUUCUACUAGCUCAGAAGUUGCCGAAAGAUGUGGGCCAAUUGGCUUUUCUGUGGCCGCUUUUCAUUGCCGGACAGGAGACUCGGAGUGAGCCCGAGCAGAAAUUUGUUCGCCAAACUAUGCAGGAGUUGAAACGGUUUGGUUUCAGGAACGUCGACAAAGCACUCGAGACCCUAGAAGGAGUCUGGCUCAAGAGACGCUCCUUUCCUGGAGGUUGGAUCCAGACCUUGGAGGAAGUUCAGACGAAUAUUCUUCUUCCCUGA